AUGAAGAGGCUCUUCAGUAGAUCCAACAAGACCAAGCCUCCUCCAGCUCCGGUACAUCCAACAGCGCCAACGAAUCCGACUGCACCUCACACGAUUGGCUUGCAACCAAAAUACAUCGUACCGCCUAUUCCCCACCCCCACCCUUACGAGCAUUUAGCGCUAUUGGCCGCUUCUGAUGGACUUCUCAUUCGACCCCAUAUACCCAACUCACAUACCAGCAAGGCUGGAGUUGUCCCUCAUGUCAGAAUCGUUUGGGGCAAGUCGGUGAAGAUUGAAGAACUCUCGGGGGAUGAAGAGUCAUCCGGUGCAGACUGGGAUGAUGCAAUAAUUGUCUAUGGAAUUGUCGGCAUUUUGGAACUGUUCACUGCAUCAUACCUCCUGGUUAUAACUUCAAGGGAAGAAAUUGGGAAUUUAUUUGAUGUUGCCCAUACUGUAUACGGGGUCCGAGGUGUAUCUGCUAUUCCUCUCGUUGAAUCGGAGGCAAGGACGAGUUUGCAUACUAUAGCUUCUCGGAACGCUGCUGCUUCUCGACCAUCUCUUCUAUCCAGCAACACGAUGGAUACGGUGACGGUCAAAUCAGGUGUGGAUAAUAGUACAGAAAAUCUUGCCACAUCCGUUGCAGCCUCGCCACGAGUUCGUUUUUCGACCCCUGAGACGACAGAAAAGGACCGCACGAACGACGUUCUUAACCUCAACACGGAUGAACAUACUAUCUCAUCGAGGACCUCCUCCGACUCUUCGCCAGGUGUAUCGGGGGCGUCCACACCUACCAGUGACAUCACUCCAUCCACUUCUCAGGUAGCCAAGACAGUGGCUUCUAGAUUAUCAUUCUGGAGCAGGCUUUCGAAACGUAACUCGCUUUUUCCCGCCUCGGAAAUCGAGUCGACGGCACCCAAGACUGAACCAAAGGUCGAGGUUGGGGAAGCGGUGUCGGCGUUGAAGGCCGAUCAAAUGAUACAUGAAGAACCUCGUCAGGUCCUGGAAGAUAUACUUUCUACGACUGCACCUCCGCCAGAAAGUACGGAAGAGAAACAUACUGAAAUUGAGACCAAGGUUGUGCGGGAAGUUAUUCGAGAGUUUGUGAAGGGAGGAAUGUAUUUUGCAUAUCACUUUGAUAUUACACGCUCAUUACAACACAAGCAAGAGAUGGUCAACAAAGCACGCAAACACGACGCGCUUCUGGCGGACUUGAAUGCGUUGCCGAGAUUCGUGGGCGAUACGAAGAUUGAGAAUAAUGACGAUAAAGUGGACCCGCUGGUCGAACCCAAUCUUACCCUUCCUUUAUGGAGACGUGUCGACAAGCAUUUCUGGUGGAAUGAAUCGCUUUCAAAACCGUUGAUUGACUCAGGACUUCACUCGUACAUUCUUCCCAUCAUGCAAGGAUACUAUCAAGUAGCUAGAUUCGUGAUGCCACCCGAAGAAGUCUCGCACGAUAAUGAACUGGCAGUGGACUAUGUAUUGGUAUCGAGGAGGUCUCGCGAUAGAGCUGGUCUGCGUUACCAACGGCGUGGUGUUGACGACGAUGCUCACGCAGCAAAUUUUGUCGAGUCCGAAACCAUCAUGCGGGUUAAGCGAGAAGGGAUUACCAACGUCUUCAGCUAUAUGCAAAUACGUGGAUCAAUUCCCGUCUUUUGGACUCAGGCUGGAUAUGGAUUGAAGCCGCCUCCAGUCAUAAGUACAGAAAGGACGCGUCAACAACAUUUGGACGCGAUGAGAAGGCACUUCCAAAGGUCAAUACCGCGAUAUGGGCCCCAUACAAUUGUCAAUCUAGCAGAACAUCAUGGCAAAGAAGGAGCCAUAACGCAGGCUUAUCGCGAUCACAUGAAGGCGUUGGACGACAAGAAUGCUCAAUAUUACGAGUAUGACUUUCACACGGAAACUAGGGGAAUGAGGUACGAGAAUAUUUCGAAGCUCACGGACGCUAUGGAGAAGACAUUUGAUCAUCAAGGCUAUCUUUGGAUUUCGGAUGGGAAGCUCAUGUCGGAACAGAAGGGAGUAUUUCGAGUGAACUGCAUAGACUGUUUAGACCGUACCAAUGUUGUGCAGUCCGCCUUUGCUCGAUACAUACUCAACAAGCAGCUGGGUGCCGUUGCCCUUCUGAAUCAAGCUGAACGCCACACUGAGAAUGACUCCAUAUUCAACGAUAGUAUGUCCUCCACUGUCAUACAUAUCCCCUGCCGUGUGCUGAAGAUAGCCAAUCAGUUUGGGCAAACAACGGAGAUGCUAUCAGCAGAGCUUAGUACCUCAGCGCUCAAGGGGGAUUUUACCAGAACUGGCAAGCGCGACCUGACUGGGUUACUUAACGACGGUGUAAAUUCGCUGGCGAGAAUGUACACCUCCACCUUCAGUGACUGGUUUUCUCAAGCGGUCAUCGACUUCAUGCUCGGGAAUCGCACCCUUUCUGUGUUUUCAGAGUUUAUGUUGAGGUUACAGUCUACGGAUCCCAGUGAUUUGAUACGGUUGUCAAAAAUACGAGCGGAGGCCGUAGCAACGUCUGUAUCGCGAUGUCUCUCCGAUGGUGAACGAUUGCUUGCGGGUUGGACAUUAUUUGCCCCGGAAGAACUGAACACGAAGAUUGGGGACAAGUUUGAGGAGAAAGUAGUUUUGUUGAGUGCUGACGCCAUUUAUGUUGUAAAUUAUGAUUAUACCCUAGAGAAAGUGAAGAAAUAUACCCGCAUACCACUAGGCGAUAUCACCGAGAUUAAGAAAGGCGCCUACAUAUUAUCGCCUUUGGAAGAACCUAGUAGAGAUCCGGAGCAGAAUGCAGGUUUUAUUAUUACAUGGCUCAACAAGGACCAGGUCACCCGAUUGACUAGCUAUUCGCUACGAAAUAGUUUGGACAGUGGUAUCUCUUCUUGUCCUCCGUCUCCGACGAUAGCCAAAACCCCCAACAACCCCAAAGCAGCUACUACUUCGAUCCAAACUCCCACCAAACCGGCAUCUGCUUAUCCUAAUAUCGCAGCUUCGGUCGCGAGAAACAAACUUUCUGUCUCGCUCUCUCGCAAAAACACUUCGUCGUUAUCCAACAUUCUCAAUAACGUAGCAGCAAACGCAAGCAGCGACAAGACAUUUGCCGCGUUCAAAAUGUUGCCGAUCGACCCUGCGAGGAUUCGAAGGGUUUCGUCGUCUGGAAAUGGCACAGCAGAGUACGCCGAUGCAACGGAUGAGAUGACGGGUGCAACUACUUGCAAGGAAGCGGUGGAUCUUGUGGUGGACGCUAUCGUUUCAGCUUGUACGGACAGAGGGGCAGUGAGCAAAGGGUUCAUAAAGGAAGAGGAUGUCGUUAGUCUUGAAGAAGCUCAACGAAUGACGACAAUGUAUGCAAAGAUGGAGUAUGGCGUCAAGAGGUUACUAUGGCUCGGAGGCUGA